AUCAGUUUCUAAUUGGCGUUCGGUGCAGUUUCAAGUAUUGAAAUGGAUCUCCAAAGUGUCCUGGAGAAAUGUGGAAACUUUGGCCCAUAUCAAAUUCUGCUGCUUGCCCUCUUUGGAUACACAAAUAUAGUGUCUUCGCUUCAUUACUUUUCCCAGACAAUCAUUAGUUUUACACCUUCGCACAGAUGUUCCCCACCGAUAGAUGACAUCAAGCCGAAUUAUACAUCUCUGCUUACCUGUAGUGUUAUCCAUUACGAUAAAGAUCAGUCCUCUUUUCGGGAUUACAAGUGCACCUCCUGGGAUUUCGAAAAAGAAAGCGAUUACGAGAGUGUAACCACAGAGCUCGAGUGGGUCUGUGAUGAUGCAUUUAAACUGGCAGUAGGUCAAUCCUUCUUCUUUAUUGGAUCAGCCCUAGGCAGUAUAUUCUUCGGCUAUUUAGCCGACCGGAUUGGAAGGCUGCCUGCCUGCGUUUUGUCAACUUUGACAGGAGCCUCUGGAGAUUUCUUCACCUCCUUCGUGGGAGGUCUGCCUUGGUUCUCCUUCACACGCUUCAUAUCCGGUCUCUCGAUGGAUACCCAAUAUGUUCUGAUGUACAUUUUAGUUUUCGAGUACUUGAGUCCACAGCAUCGCACCUUUGGUCUAAACAUCAUUCUGGGAGUCUUUUAUUGCUUUGGUCUAAUGAUAUCCCCUUGGAUAGCAAUUUGGCUGGGCAACUGGCGCAGUUACCUAUGGGCGGCAUCUCUUCCUGCCUUGGGAAUGCUCCUGUUCCCCGUUUGUCUCCACGAAAGCGUGGAGUGGUUGUUGACAAAAGGAAAAUUUGACAAGGCAGUUAACAAUUUAAAAAGUGUUGCCAAAUUCAAUGGUCGUCAAGUGGGUGACUCUGUUUUCGAGGAGUUCGUAAAACAUUACCGCGAAAAGCUAAGCAAUUCUCAGAAUAAAUCCACAGACACCUUUAUGGGCAUGCUAAGGACUCCAAGAAUGAGAAAGUUUACAAUAAUACUAUUGAUAAAAUCAAUGAUCGUUACCAUAACUUUUGAUAUCCUAAGUCGCAAUGUGGAAGGUGUGGGAAUAUCACCUUUUAAACUUUUUUCUUACUCCGGAUUCUGCUACCUACCUGCCGGCCUUACAAUAAUCUUAUUCCAGAACAAGAUCGGACGAAAGGGCAUGGCCUGCGCCUCACUUUUUGUUGGAGCCAUUAUUACGGCAGCCACUGGAUACUUGGUGGCCACUCUGGAUUCCGCAGAUUACUCUGUCCUCUUGGGAUUCAUGGUGAGCCUUGGAAGAUACGGAGCGGUGGUGGCUUACGAUGCUGAGGCCCAGUACGCAGCAGAGAUUAUACCAACAAGUGUUCGGGGAAGAGGAGUAGCCAACAUCCACGUGAUAGGCAACGCCUUCGCCUUUUUCAGCUCAUACGUUAUCUACUUGGGAACAUUCUACAGGCCACUGCCUUCGCUUUUGAUUAGCUUUGUUCUCUUGAUUGGCGGCUGUUUAUGUCUGGCCCUUCCAGAAACUUUGCAUAAACAACUCCCACAAACUCUGGAGGAGGGCGAGGUAUUUGCCAAGGGGGAGAAAUGGUACUUUUUUCCCUGCUUUUCGCGGAGGCAGGAAACAAUUAAAUCAGCAUCUCAGUUGGAGUCUGCUAACGAAGCAACAAAGAAAAUAUAAUAAAUGUAUUAGAUUUAUAGUAAAAGCAUUAACUAUUAAUAAAGAUAAAUAUAAACAAUAUCAAAA